CUACGAUCUUGGGACACCUGUAUAUAAUUGCCUGUCCGCUCGAAUCAAAUGAAUUUCCACAUCAUAGGAUUGCACCCUUUCAAGGUCUCACUGGAGCAUUUGUUUCCCCUAAGAUGCUUUUUCAGUUCUUUCCAUCAUGCCGUCAGUUGGUGACCGGAGCAGCUCUUGCGUCGCUAAUGGGCACCGGGCAUACAGCAGCCUCACCCGCCCAGAACGAACCCAGAACAAAUGCCAUCUAUCAAGACGCGUCAAAGCCAGUAAAAGCUCGUGUCGCCGACCUUUUAUCACGUAUGACCUUUCUUGAGCAGCUCGCACAAACUCGCAAUGUCGGGGGCAUUCUCGGAGAAAAUGCGUCGUUCGACAACACAACUGUUUAUUCAUUUAAUAACGGGCAAGGAGGCGGGUCAAUAUCUUUCGGCAACUAUCAGAACCCAGCUUAUCUCGCAGCAGCAACACUUGAGGAUGUGGUUCUUCAAUUUCAGAAGAAUGACAGACUUCACGUUCCUCUAAUUAAUGUAGCGGAUAGUGUUAAUGGUGUGACUCUUCUCAACACCACACUGUUUCCGGCUACAUUGAGCAUGGGCCAGUCAUGGAACAUCGAUCUCUAUGGAAAAGUCGUUCAAGCUAUGUCCAUUGAAAACCAUGCUGUCGGAAUUCACUGGGUCUUGAGUCCUGAGUUGGAUCUGGCUGUUGAGCCACGAUAUGGACGAGUUGGCGAAAUGUACGGCGAAGAUAGAUACCACGUGUCACGCUUCGGGGUUGCAUACGUCAAAAAUAUGCAAGAUACGGAUUCGAAGGGAUUCUCACGAGUCGCUACGACUGUUAAACACUGGGUUUAUGGAUCAUCUCUCGGUGGUAUCAAUGAGGCCAGGAUUCUCGGUGGGAUUAACGACUUCUACAACGUGCACUCUUACCCAUAUAUGGCAGUAUUUGAGGAGGCGAACCCAAUGGCUCUCAUGCCAUCCUAUUCAUCCUACGACAAUGUACCAAUGACUACCAACAUUCAAUACACAAAGAACGUUAUUCGAGAUCUGCUCAAAUUUGAUGGAGUUAUCAUCUCCGACUACGCUGCAAUCUCACAAGUUCUUAGCACACAGCAUACUGCGAAUAACAUCCAAGCGGCUGGAUUGAAGGCGCUCGCAGCCACAGUUGAUCACGAACUUGGCCCACCAAAUCAAUCUGGCAUGGAAGCUCUUUCAAUACUUUCUAAAAAUCCAACUGUUGCAAAAGCAGUACGCGAAGCGGCUCGAAGGGUCUUGACUUUGAAAUUUCUCACCAAAACCUUCGACGAACCUAUCCCAGAUUUGAAGAAGCUGAACAGCUCUCUACGAACUGCAGAUGCCAUGCAGAGAAAUUUGGAUAUUACCCGCGAGUCUAUGGUGCUUCUCAAAAACGACGGCAUCUUACCUUUGAAAAGCUCUCUUCUUUUAAAGGUCGCCGUCAUUGGUCCCAUGGCCGACAUCAUCAACCCUGGUUCUUACGCGGCAAGUGACUACUCCACAGGUUCAACAAUACUGAGUGGAAUAAAGAAGAUAUCGUCCGACGUUACCUUCUCACGGGGUUGCUUCCGCAAUAAUGACACCGAUUUUGAUACUAUGAAGGCUGAGGCUGUUGCAAACGCUAGGAAUGCGGGCCUCGCUGUCGUUGCCCUCGGAUCCGUGGCACAAAUAGUCGACACAAACGCAAACGACCGCACUGACGGUGAAGGUUUUGAUCAUGCGAACUUGGACUUCCCUGGUCCACAAAACGAGCUCCUCAAGGCUAUUGUCGAGACUGGCACCCCAGUCGUGCUCAUAGUCAGUGGUGGCCAAGCCUUUUCUAUGGAAUAUGCUGCAAAUGCGACGAAUGCAAUCAUCCAUACUUUCCUCCAAGGCGAACUAGGCGGAGACGUCUUGGCUGAAAUUAUUACUGGGAAAACGAACCCCAGUGGAAAACUCACAGUCUCCAUCCCCCGCCUUUCAUCUGCAGUGCCCAUCUACUACAACUAUAUCAACAGUGACCGGAAACAGGUCGGCUGGCAGCAGGUAUACACCGACUACCAGUCACCUGUACUUGAUCGCCUUGCACUAUAUCCCUUUGGACACGGUCUCAGCUAUACCAAGUUUGAUAUCUCAGGCGUCACUGUGACAAAUAACACGUCAACUCAUGGUCAAAUCACUGUCAAGGCAAUCGUCAAAAACACUGGCUCGGUGCAGGGAAAAGAAGUCGUACAGGUAUACUUCAACCAAUUCGCGCCAGACAUCGAGAGACCUGUUAAAAAUCUUAUCCGGUUUACAAAGAUUGAUCUCAAACCCGGGGCCUCUACUACCGUCAGCUUCAGCAUUCCAGUUAGCGAGUUGGGCUACUUCGUUAAUGGAGUUAAGCAAGUGGAUGCCGAUCAGUACACUAUUUUUGUGGGAUCUAGCUCGGAUGAAGCCGAUUUAACUGCAACUAAAAUAGUAGUUAAAUAAAUAAAAGCCGCGAAAGGAGUGGACGUGUGUGUUUGGCUUUUACUGCAACUAUGGUAGUAGUACAUAAUUACAAACC